AUGGAAGUGAAUACCACCUCUGGAGGUGCAAAGGACUACCAUGGAAAUUAUCACCGGAAGCCGGAAAAUAAGGAUGAAGAGCGAGAUCAGCAGGACUCAGACGAAGAGGAGGAAACGAGAGGGAAAGAUAUGGCCAAGAAGACAUGGGGGGAUGUAAUCAGGGAGAUGAAGAUCUUCCUUUGGAAUCCAGAGACAAGGCAAUGCUUGGGAAGGACAGCUCAGAGUUGGGGCCUGAUACUUCUCUUCUAUCUCGUUUUGUAUACGUUCCUGGCGGGUAUGUUUGCAUUUUGCCUGUACAUCAUGCUGCUCACCCUGAGUCCCUACACGCCCACCUAUAGAGACAGAGUCGCUCCGCCCGGAGUUAUGAUGCGGCCAUAUAUUCGAAAUACAUUCAACAUUGCUUUCAACAUUUCCCAGCGCGUCACAUGGGAACCUUAUGUGGAAAACAUGGAACACUUCCUUCAAGAUUACAAUGAUGCCAUUCAAGAAUCCAAAAAUAUUGUGUGCACACCAGGCCAGUAUUUCAUUCAGGAGGAAGAAAGCAGCAUUAAACAAGCCUGUCAGUUCAAGCGUUCCGAAUUGCUGAACUGUUCCGGGAUAGAUGAUCAAACCUUUGGAUUCUCCCUCGGACAGCCUUGCAUCCUGCUAAAGAUGAACCGAAUUAUAGGCUAUCAGCCUGGGUAUGGGAAACCCGUCACCGUGAGCUGCAAAAUGCAGAAGGGUGAUGAAAGCCAUCUCCAUGAGAUAAAGUUCUAUCCAAGCGAAGCCUUCGACCCCAUGUACUUCCCUUACUACGGCAAACGCACGCAUGUCAACUAUACGCAACCGGUGGUGGCUGUGCAGUUCACCAGUGUGUCUAGGAACCACAACAUGAACAUCCAGUGCCAGCUGAAUGGGCAGGGCAUCAUCAAUGACUAUAACAAUGACCGGUUUCUGGGCCGAAUCAUCUUCACACUGAACAUUGGCGAAUAGACCGGAGAAGCAUUUGCCACCACUCUUUCUGCAGCAGUCAAAUCUUUCCUAACCACAGGGAGCAGGUGGCCAUUCCCAAACAC